AUGUCACAAACACAGCUCCCCAUCCAGCUCCCCAUUAUCGAUAUCUCAAAUGCCGACCCGGAAACGGGCAAGGCAAUGAUCGAUGCCGCCACAAACUAUGGAUUCCUAUACGUUGAUAGUGCAAGCACUGAGAUUUCCAAUGGGAAUGUGGAUUCAGCUUUUGCAAUGGCACGAAAGUUCUUUGCAUCUCCACACGAAGAAAAACAGCAAGUCCGAAUUGGGCCAAAUACUAAUUCUCGCCGCAGAGCCUUCAACUUUGGCGAGUUCAAGGACAACAAAGCACAGCAGCCACUGCCUCCAUCCCUCAUCCCCCAUGAAGCAGAAAUAUCCAAUUUCAUGCAUCUAUGCCGCAAGACAUGCGACCGUAUUCUAUCCCUGCUCGCAUUAGGAUUAGGAAUACCCCCAGACUGGUUCACCAUCCGCCACGACCCCUCCCAAGGCCCCUCCGGCGUCACAUUUCGUUUCCUCUACUACCCAGCCAUCCAAUCCCACUCCCCCUCCACACCCCACCGCACCACCGACAUCCGCGCCGGCGCCCACAGCGACUACGGUAGCAUCACCCUCCUCUUCCAACGCGACGGGCAACCCGGUCUCGAAAUCCAGACGCCCACGGGAGAAUGGGCACCCGUGCCCGUCCGACCCGCCCCCAGAGGGCCUGCGGAGACCGGAUUUCCGCCGAUCCUGGUGAAUAUCGGGGAUAUCUUGAGCUAUUGGACCAAUGGGCUUUUAAAAUCUACGGUUCACAGAGUCGUGUUUCCCGCAGAGGAGCAGGCGGGUGCGUCUCCGGGAAAAGAUAGGUACAGUAUGGCGUAUUUCUGUCAUCCGUUGGACGAUGCGGAGCUAGUGCCGGUGCCUAGCAGGCUUGUUGAGCAGCGGAGGGUGGAAGGAAUGGGUCUGGGACCUGCGGAUGGGAGGAUUAUGACGGCGCGAGAGCAUCUUGUGAGAAGAUUGGCAGCGACGUAUGGUAGGAGUCCUGAUGAGUACAAGUGA